AGACAGAGAACAUGAGAGAUGAUUCCACGUUUCUUUCCAGGAACUUCAGAUGAAGAGUUCCAGGUGAACCAGCCUCAGACUUUAGUGUCAGUCAAUCCUGGAGAUGUCCUAACCCUGGCCUGCAAUAUGUCUGCUCUGUCCCCAGAAGGGCCUGUCUUGUGGUUCAAGAGCACUGGGCCAGGACAACAAUUAAUCUAUAGUUUCAAUGGAAGCCACUUCCCCAGAGUAACUCCGGUGGAAAACACAAUGGUCGAUCAAACUGACUAUUCCAUUCGCAUCCGUGACGUGUUGCCAGAGGAUGCUGGCACCUACUACUGUGUGAAGUUAAGGGUAGGACACCCUGACAUGGAGUUUUUCUCUGGUCCAGGCACCAUCGUGUAUGUGAAUGGAGCCACACAUAUGUUCCAUGUGCAGCAAACAGAGAUGUCACAGACUGUAUCAACUGGGGAGUCAAUCAUCUUGAGUUGCAGCGUACCAGAUACCUUACCAAAUGGACCUGUCUUGUGGUUCAAGGGAACAGGGCCAAACCGGAAAUUAAUCUACAAUUUCAAACAAGGUCACUUUCCCAGAGUAAAAGAGAUUGGAGACACCAACAAGCCUGGCAACACAGACUUUUCCAUCCGCAUCCAUGAAAUCUCUCUUGCUGAUGCUGGCACCUAUUAUUGCGUGAAGUUCAUAAAAGGGAAAGCUACCGAGGAGUACCAAUCAGGUCAGGGCACUCAGGUGUUUGUUACUGGUGAGUAUGUCUCCUAUAUCUCAUACUCCCUGGAGUAUAAUAUCAUCUCAGCUGUUACGUUGUCUAUGCAUUCAACAAUUGUUAUGUGCCAAAUAUUAUUGAAGGUACAACAUACAUUUGGUCUUUUUAAUUCUCUCAGCAAACUGUGAGUUAGGUAUUUUACAGGAAGAAAAAAAGACUCAAAAGGUUGAGUGAUGAGUGAUGAGAGCUAUUUUGGUUGAUUUCUCAAUAUUCAACCCACCC